GUCGCGGCGGGAUGUUCUUGCACCUCGACACUGGCCUCGUCCACGAGAAUGUCGAGUUCAGGGUGCUCCUCCAGAUCCUGCUGCUCCAUCCUAUCAUGGACCACCCACUGCACACGAGGGCCGUUGGCUCGAAUGGCGAGUGUCGUGUGCUCCUACACGUGCCCAUAUCCUCCCGCCUGGACGACUUGUCUGUUCGACUACAACCAUGGGGGUUGUCUUUCCUGAGACCGGCCUAUUUACUGCCUUGAAUCUCUGCCUUUGCACUGUUUCUCUCCUUUGUUCCUGUUGUCCCUCAGAAUGUGUGUUAGCAGUCACAUUCCCCAGUCCGCUUCUCCUUUGGCCUGUAUCUUGCUCUAUUAGACCGUCUCCCAAAUUAUAACAGAAGAACCACCCCCCUGCUUCCUCCGCAGGACCAACUCUCGCUUGUUGCCCUACCACGAAACGGCCCCAAUUGACCAAAGAAAGCUGUCCAGCGGACGGCUGCUGCCUGCGAAAAGCUGCCCGUCUGUUGUUCGCGAAGUAAAACCUGACACAGUCUGAUUUCGUUGCGUUCCGUUCCUGUUCGGGCCAUUUGGCGUUCUCUGUUGCCCAGGAUGCCUCGACCACGUCCUCCACCAACCCCGACCAGCUCGACCGACCUGAAGGCGGUGGAAAAGACCAGCCAAAACUCGGACAUGGAGGCAGUGUUUGCUCUACCUCCUCCAGCAUUGCGUUCGGCGGCCGAGAGUGAAUACCUGCGCCGUGACUCCAAGUCCUCAACCACGGGAGCAGCGAGUACUGGUACCGGCAUCGGCGUGCCGCCCUUUCAGACCACUCCUCCCAUUUCACCGCAGGAAAAGCCGCUCAGUUCGAGUCCUCGGCAUAAACGAACGGCCUCUGGCGCCAUCAAAUCCCAAUCCAUCGCUGCUGCCAGUCAACAACAGCCAAAAUCCAACAACACACAGACAAAUGGAUCGUCCUACUCGCUUCCUCCACCCCCCAGUCGCGCCCGGAAGAUCAUCCAGAUGAAGCCCAAGUCGACAAAGACGAGCGCUGCCUCCGAGACCAGCGAUUCAAGCUACCAUCUUCCAGCGUCGACCACGGCUGCUACCGCUGCUGCUUCGAAUCCGUCAACUGCCAAAUCUUCCGGCGCUGCGGCCAACUCGAAAAAGGGCGGCAAGCAGCCUUCGGCCACCAGUGCCGCAGGGCGAAAGAUUGCCCGAAAGACCGCACACAGCAUCAUCGAGCGACGUCGCCGGAGUAAAAUGAAUGAAGAGUUUGGAGUCCUCAAAGACAUGAUCCCGGCCUGUGAAGGCGUCGAAAUGCACAAGCUGGCCAUCCUCCAGGCGGGCAUCGAAUACGUCCGAUAUCUGGAAGGAUGUGUGGCACAACUCAAAGCCGAGAAUGAAAACAAGAGCCGGCUGGAACUGGCUCCUCCGAGGCACCAGCAGCAGCAACAAAUUGACAUGGCUGAGGAUCAGCCCAGUGAAGAUGAUGACGAGGACGACGCUGGUGACGGACCCCAGUCUGUUUCUUCAUUUGGGAGACGGCAGAGCAGCCGGCAGCAGAGCAGUCACUGGGCCGGUAAAGAUGAAUGGUCUCUCCGAGACUCGCGCAAAUCAUCGGCUGCGUCACGCGGCAGUACCAGCACCAGCACCAGCUCGUCGUAUCCGUCGCCAUAUACGCAGCCACAGGGAAGUAGCAAACGCCGCAUUCUCCCGGCCUCUGCCUCUGGCACAACCUCCAUUGCCGCCUCGCCGCUUCAGAUGCCGAUGAAUUCUCAGUCCGGUGCUACCAGCUCCGGAACUCCAACGCCUACGCUGUUAAGUCCAGCGUUGAACGCCAUCCACUUCAGCCCUGAAGACCAACAAGGUCGUCACGGUUCUGCUCAGAUGAAACCCAGUUCAGGCAUCAUGACCACACCAGCAGAUGCUGUAGGGUCAUUGCCAUCGACAUCCAGCUCAUGGGCAACCGUCAACCAUCAGUCUUUGUCUUCAGAACCAAGUCCCAAUAUGCAACCUCUUCCAUCGCCCAAGGCAGCAGUGCAUGUGCCUCUGUCUCAAUCUCAUUCUCAUUCUGCCGCUGCUGCACGCCACUCCGUGUCCGGGACGUUACAGCUCCCUCAAACAGACGCCGCCGAUGCUAGGGGUCGAUCUCCCGGCGCGGUGAGCGAUGUGUCGGCCACUGCCGAGGCUACCGCCAGCGCUGCAUUGAUGAUGCUCACCAAUGAGUGGAGGGGCGGUGGCAGAAAUGCUUCUGUCAGCGUCAGCACCGUUCAUCCUGGUGCUGACAGUCGAGAUAGAUCAAAAGGCAUGAGCGUGAGGGAUCUGUUGAGUUCUUGAAAUAGACACAAAGUUGACAUGCGGCACCUUGUAUUGGACACAUGUUUUGUUUGAUGUUGAGAUGAUGAAGAUCCAGAAAACAGACUGCCUAUGGAUUUUGUAGAUAUACUGACUGGGUUCGGGGUUGGCAACAAGGACAUUCAUGCAAUGCAUUGGGGACUUAUUAUACUCAGUACGAUUCUAAAAGUGUAUUUAUUUUGAUGAUAUAGAUCUGCGACAGAGCAAUCUGGGAAAGAAUGUCAAGCCUCGAUCCAGUCUAAUCGUUUAUGAGGUGACUGCCUAAUUACAAGGCCGAGUGACCAAGGACAUUGUCGUGUAGUUUGUGCAACUAGGUCCUGUACAAACGUUUCACGUAUGUCCUUGUUCGCGUGAAC